AUGCCAGCUGCCAGUGACAUUCUGUUAGAUGGUGCAAGAUCCAUGUUGGAUUUUUCAGAGCCAGUGCUAUCGAAAGUCCCCGCGACACAAGACCCAUGUCCUGUAGAGACAGACCAUCUUGACCGCAUCCAUCCUGGAAUGCGAGAAAUUGACUUACCUGAAGCUGUUCCUGAUACAAAGGAAAUGGAGACUUCCCGACUCUCCUGCGUGCCCUGUGUGACCGUGCCAACACCCGAACAAGCGAAUAAUACCCUUUGCAACCAAUCUGCGGUGGGCGAUUCCGAACAAGAAUCAGCCAAGCAGAAAUUGUCUAUCACAGGUCCCUUCUACUCUGACAGUAUGCACCCUGGCGACAGUGAAAUGGACACAGAGCCAAGUCAGACAUCUGGCCUAGCUACCAAGGCGUACAACAAAUAUGAUACCCUCAAUACGAAAAUCAUGCAGUAUAUCGCUGAUUCAAUCCCUUCACGAUACUUCUACUUGAUUAGCAACAAGUCAUCGGCAUACGACCAGAUAGUCGCUUUACAGGGACGGUUUAAACCUUCAACAUACGAGGAACAAUCCUACUGCCUUCGAGCAUACGAGAAGGUGUGCCACGGCCCUAAAAGGUCUCAAGACAUCAAGAAAUGGAUAGAGGACUUUGAGGCCGUAGCAGGAAGCUUGCAGGAUCUUACGAUACUCAACCAUACAUUCCUAUCUGCAUCUGCAAGGCAAAACACCGUUUUUAUGACUGCCCCUACCGACAAGGUCAAACGUCGCAGUGAGAUGCAACGCAUCUCAACGGCUUCAGUAGAGCGUUGGCACCAGCGAAUGGGCCACCUCCACGAUGAAGCGAUUCAUCACCUACACGAAGCGGUUGAAGGAGUAGAGAUCUCGUUUAAAUCUCGUGAUCCACACUGCGAGACCUGCCUGCUCGCUAAGCCGAUUCGUCAGAUCUCAAGGAGGCCAGUAGAGAGAUCCCCAGACGCCUGGGAUAAGGUCCAUUUUGACCUUAUAAAGGUCAGCUCUGCAUACAACGGUAACCAGUGGAUUGAUAACUUUAUGGAUAACGUUACAGGCUGGAGAAAGAUCUAUACAGCCCCGAAUAAGAAUGCUCUGGUCCCUGAGAUCAAAAGCCUCGUCAAAUGGAUCAAAACCUACUUCAACAAGAUCCCUAAGACCUUUGUCUGUGAUAACGAGCAGACGCUCGGACGAGAGUUUAUUCUCUUCUGCAAAGAUAAAAGAAUUACAAUAUUACAUUCGGUUCGCUACACCCCGGAACAGAAUGGCUUCAUAGAGAGAGGCGGAAGAAUCAUAACUUUACGAUUACGGAAUUUAAUGAUUAACUCCCGUUUACCCGUCGAUCUAUAG